AUGUCAUUCGUCACUGUCGCGGCGGCGACUUUGCCCAGUGUCCCCCUAGACUUCAAGGGCAACCGCGACAGGAUUCUAGAGAGCAUUCGCAUUGCCAAGGCCCAGGGCGCAACUCUCAGAACCGGUCCAGAGUUGGAGAUUCCCGGCUAUGGCUGUCUUGAUCAUCACCUUGAAGGAGAUACCUUCCUCCACAGCUGGGAGGUGCUCACUGAGAUUAUCAGCGAUCCCGUCUGCAAGGAUAUGCUGAUUGACCUGGGUAUGGGAUGCCGCCAUCGCAACGUUCGUUACAACUGUCGCGUCCUCUGCACCUACAAGCACAUCUACCUCAUCAGGCCAAAGCAAAGUCUGGCCAACGAUGGCCUCUACCGUGAGGCACGGCACUUCACGGCAUGGACGAAGCUCAGAGAGGCCGAGACCUACUACUUGGAGGCCGUGGCCGCUCAGGUCACCGGCCAGAAGACAGUGCCCAUUGGUGACUUGAUUCUCAGCACGCUUGACACCGCCGUGAGCUGUGAGACUUGCGAAGAGAUGUUCUCGCCCCUGAACCCCUCGACGUUCCUCGGCCUCAACGGCGCCGAAAUUAUCCUCAACAGCAGCGCCAGCCACGCUGAGCUACGAAAGCUAAAAACCCGGCUCGAUCUCAUCUCAAACUCGACUCGGAAAUUGGGCGGUAUCUAUGUGUAUGCUAACGCGACUGGUGUUGAUGGCGAGGCGCGUAUGCUGUUUGAUGGAUCAAGCAUGGUGCUAGCCAAUGGAAAGGUCCUCGCGCAAUCCUCUCAGUUCUCUCUGAAGCCAGUCGAAGUCAUAACUGCCACCAUUUCUGUGGAAGAAGUCAGGAGCUACCGUUCCAGCAUCUCGCGAAACGUCCAGGCUGCUGCUCAGCCCGACUUCCCUAGGGUCGACUGCGACUUGCGACUUACACGGCCCGCCGACGAAGUGUACUUAUCAGAUCAUCUUCAAAUCGCGAAGGAGAUCGAGCUUAAGAUCCUCGACCCAAUGGAAGAAAUUGCCCUGGCUCAAGCGGUCUUCCUUUGGCAGUACCUUUGCCGCACCAACUCUCCUGGCUAUUUCCUCGCCUUGAGUGGAGGUCUAGACUCCUCGACGGUCGCACUGUUUGUCUACAGCAUGGCAAAGCUUGUGCUCCAAUCCAUUGAUGCUGGAGAGAUGUCAACGCUGGAUGACCUGAGACGCGUUACUGGUGACAAGACGUUUAUGCCCGAGACACCGCAAGAAAUUGUCUCGCGCUUGCUGCACUCAUGCUACAUGGGAACUGUCAACUCUGGAGAUGAUACGCGGACCAGAGCCCGUCGUCUUGCAGAGGUUCUCGGGGCUUACCACUCUGACAUCUCAAUCGAUGAAGCGGUUGUCGCUCAUGAGGCUAUCAUUGAAAAAACACUGAACUUCAAGCCCCGGUAUGGAAUCGAAGGCGGUAGUCCUGCCGAGAACCUUGCGCGUCAAAACAUACAAGCAAGAAACCGGCUCGUUGUCCAGUACGAGCUGGCGCAGCUAUCAACAACUGCAAGACAACUCCCAAGGGCCGGGGCAGCACUUUUGGUCUUGGGCAGUGGCAAUGUGGAUGAGAAUCUCCGUGGCUACUACACCAAAUACGACGCAUCGUCGGCGGAUAUCGCUCCGCUAGGAAGUAUCUCAAAGACGGAUGCCAAAAACUUCCAAGCUUGGGCCAAGGAUCAGUGGGACUUGCCCAUUAUGUCCGAGUUUCUCGAGGCUACGCCCUCGGCAGAGCUUCUCCCGCUCUCUGCCGGAGUUCAGGAUGAUGAGGCGGAUACUGAAAUGGGUCUGACCUACAGCGAGCUCUCAGAGUUUGGCAUCCUGAGAAAGGUGCACAAGCUCGGUCCGUGGUCUACGUACCUCCGAUUGCUCGGGGACUGGAAGGAGCGACCAGGCUACGGGCCGCGCGAGAUUGGCGAGCGCGUCAAGAGGUUCUUCCGCUUCUACUCAAUGAACCGCCACAAGGCCGUCAUCCUCACGCCCUCGCCGCAUCUCUCGGCGUACAACCCUGACGACAACCGUCACGACCUUCGUCCGUUCUUGUACGUCGUCAACUGGCCGUGGCAGUUUUCAAAGAUCGAUGCACAUGUAGAGGAGCUUGAGAAGAAGAUUGCGGACAGGGCCAGGCCGGCGGACGUCCAGUACGACGCGCUUGACUAG